AUGUGGAGGAAACUAUAUAUUUUACUGACAGGAGUCUUUCCAACACAACAACUAGGGAGGAGAAACUUGAGAAAGAAAAGGAUUCACUAUCAGAUCUCCUGCACCCUUACAGCUCUGCUGCUGCUGCUGCUUCCUGGGGUCCCAGCUUCAAAUUGUACAACUUCCAUUAGUGUCCUGGUGACAAACUCUGUAACAAGCUGUACAGCCAAUCAGACCUACAGCACUUGUGUGGUUUUCAGAGGGAUAUUGCUGGGUGGACUGAGGAGACUGCAGGAAUCUAAUGAAGGAUUUGAGUUCACCUACACAGAGGAUCCAAACUAUGGCCCAUUCCUCCAGAGUGUGAACGGCUUGGCUGGAAGUACAAACGAACGUACCUAUUGGGAGCUGCUGGUCAAGAACGAAAAUAACACCAUCAGACCUAAUGUUGGUAUUGGAUGUUACAUUCCAAGUACAAAUGACGAAAUCAUCCUUAAAUAUAACAUGUACUAAAGGAUCAGUCACCACUGGAAAUCAACAGCAAAGCCAGAUUCAACUGUAUGAUUAUGUAUUUCACACAUUUAGAUAUAAAUUACAGCCUAAUACAUGGCCCUUAAUGUAAACAGUGAGGAGACAGACUGUUUGUUGAUAGGACUGACAAGGUAUGAGUUGACAUUCCUCAUGGGAAUCCACUUUCACUUUAAAUGUCCUGCUUGGUAACCAGAUACUUCCUCAUGAAGAUUUCCUCUUAUUACUUAAGAUAUGAGCUUGCAUAAUACUAUUAUACACUUGAACAACCUUUGUGUGAAUCUUUUUGAAUGAGGAAACAAAAAUAAAAAUCUCAUUU